UUAAUGGCGCCUCUCGGAGAGAAUGAUGGAGGUCGCUAACUUUCACUGUGGAACGGACUCGGCGCGGCCAAACACUGAAGAGAAUCGGUACAAUAGCAUCCCGGUGGAUGAAAACACGCGCCUCUUUAGAUUUCCGAAAUAUAUUUUAUAGACCGCACCUGGGAGAGUUGAUUAAACGUGAGUUGUGAACAGCUGCUGCUGGACAUGACCGGCAGGAUGGAGCCUGCUCACCCAACAAAAUUUAAUACAAGACGCCAUUCUGGGGAAUUAAAUGCCAUUAUCACCAUACACUGAGGUUCACGUAAGCAGUUGGUGCCACAACACAACAUUUUAUGGUCAAAUCAGUUUGAUUACUCAUGAGAUCCUGCUGUGCCCGAUACCAAUGACUUACAAACUUCUACUGAUGCACCACAGAAAGCAUAUUGUCGGGUUGCAUCACAGUUGGAUUUGGGAGCAGCUCUGCUUAAGACUUUGUCACAAUGCCAAGUCACAAUGAAGGAUGGCCAGAGGAGUUUGGAUUUCGGAUUAUUGGGAACGGACCCUGUUACAUCAUCUCUGUUCAAGAGGGCAGCAGUGCCCAUGUUGCUGGUCUGCAACCAGGAGAUCAAAUUCUGGAGAUUGAGGGACAAGAUGUGUCAGCCAUGAACUGUGAUGCUUUAGUAAAUCUAGCUAAACAUUGUAAAACUGUUCCUCCUAGUAUUGGGGUGGUGUCUCGUAUUGAGCAGCUAGAUCUCUUGCCGGCAGCCGAUGGAAGAUUUGGAUUCAACCUGAGUGGUGACAGCCCUUUGCGGAUUGAGAAUUGUCUUCCAGAUGCCCCGGCGUCUGAGCUUGGGCUCAAAACUGGUGACUAUGUUCUGGAGGUUAAUGGAGUCCCAGUGAAACACUAUGCCACUGCUGCUGCCAUGAUAAAGGCUAAUCAUGGAAAACCAUUGAAGCUGGGAGUCUUGUGCUUUGGAAGGAGACAUAAGCGGGUUAGCAGCAGUAUCCGAGAGUAUGUCCAAAAUGCUGACGCAGUGCACCAGGAAAGAAAAUAUAAAGCCUUGGAUUUCAGAAAAAAGAUUGACACUGCACUUGGGGAGCAACCUGAGGUAAAAGAGAAGCUGUUCACCCUCUUGAAGCAGUAUGCAGCUGAUCGUAAGGUUGACUAUUUGGCCUAUGCACUUCCCAUGAUUUUGAGCACUGAGGAACACCAGCAGCUCAUUGAUGACAUCAGGAUUUUCAUCCCAAAGAAGCACCGUCAGCGGUUCGACGAUGUUGUAUCACAAAGCCUCAUCAGCAAGGUCAGUAGUAGCAAGAGCAGAGCCGACAGCACCAACCGUUUGCGCAGAAGCAGAAGUGAAGAUCAUCAGGAGCGUCUGCUUGUGUCUACUCGUGCCAGCUCAUCGCCACGAAACCCAGAGGAACCGGGCCAGAGUAUCAGAAAACAAGGCUCCAUUUUAGGAGGCAGUGUGAGGGCAGCACCCGCUCGCAGAACAAUCCGAGUAUACAAAGGUCACAAGAGCUUUGGCUUCACUCUGCGUGGACAUGGCCCAGUAUGGCUUGAGUCUGUUUUACCAGGAAGUCCAGCUGAGAAAUCUGGAAUGAAGGCAGGGGAUCGAAUCUUGUUUCUCAACGGGUUGGACAUGAGAAACUGUUCCCAUGAGAAGGUGGUAGCCAUGUUACAGGGAAGCGGAGCCAUGCCCACUCUGGUGGUGGAAGACGGGCCUUUGAAUUUCCCUCUAGAGCCAGAUCCUGUGGAGAAUCCAUCAUAUGCUUCGUCAUUGACUUCUCUGCAGUGGGUGACUGAAAUCCUGCCAUCCAGUAUAAAAUUCCAAGGAAGAACCUUCGUCCAGCAACUGGAGCACCUCCUGACACAGCAAGAACGCUACGGUGUCUGCAAGGCUCUUGAGUGCUUCUUCCAGCAUAGGAACAUUGAUACUCUGAUUGUUGACAUCUAUCCUGUGCUAGACACACCGGCCAAGCAAGUGAUCUGGCAGUUUAUCUAUCAGCUACUGACAUAUGAGGAGCAGGAACAUUGUCACCAGAAGAUUGCCAGAUUCCUGGGAUACAAGGCAGCAGCAGAGUCUGUAGAAGGUGAACUGAUAAAUGAAGGCCCACGUCAUAACUCUGUGCGUACGUCAUCAGUCUAUCACGGUAGUGUGCGUGCUCGAGCUGCAAAUGACAGCACAACAGGAGCUCCAGGGGAAGCAGCAGAUGUUCAUACGCACCUAACUCCUGGGGAACGACAAUCAGGAGAUGGCACAUCUCUACCAGAAACACCCAACUUGCGAAAGAUAUCACCUGUUUAUGCUGAAAUAGAAGCUCGUGGAGUGACCAACUACUCAGGGAAAAUGACGCAAAUGUCCAUGCCCAGAACUUCUCCAGUAGCUGAACAGCUGAGUCAUUCAGGAAGUCGAAGGUUGACGCUGAGACAGACUGAGCCCCUUCCUGUACAGUCCUGUUUCUGUCCGCCCCCCAACGAACCCUCCCCAACUAAUUCGGACUCCCACCCAUAUGUCAGCUUGGAUAGCAGCCAUAGCCCCUCUUCACAGAAAAUGGAGAUCAUGAGUAGCCCCCCAAACCGCAGGAAGAAACUCUUCACCUUCUCCCGGCCGCCCCGUAGCCGUGAUACAGACCGCUUUCUGGAUGCCUUGAGUGAGCAGCUGGGUCAGAAGGUGACUCCCAUGGACGAUUUUAUGAACCCAGAGAAUGACUAUGAAGAAAUGACCUUUCACGAUGAGCAGGAAAUCUAUGGUAUGAAUGACCCAAGCAGCCCAAGUGAGUACGUCAGUAGCAGUGACGAUGGAAGCUCCUUGACCUAUUCUUCAUGUUCGGACCCUAUCCCACCUCCUCCUCAAAGCCCCCCUCCCCCUCCCCCUCCACCCAUACAGUUCAAUGACCCCAAACCCAUCACUUUAAUCUCAGAAUUAAAACAAGUUAUUCCACCUCCACCCCCACCUCCACUGCCUCCACCCCCUUCUUACACCUCCAGCCAUUUCCAGUCCAAGCCCCUUCCACCUCCUCCUCCUCCUCCUCCACCCCCUCCUCCACCACCUCCCUUGCCAGCUUCUUCAGCUCGACUGCACCGUGGCUUUCACCGGAGAAGCGAAUCCAGUCACAUGAGUGUGAAGAGGCUGCGUUGGGAGCAAGUGGAGAACUCCGAGGGAACCAUCUGGGGUCAGUUUGGAGAAGACUCAGAUUAUGACAAGUUGAGUGACAUGGUGAAGUAUUUGGAUCUGGAGCUGCAUUUUGGGACCCAGAAACCAAACAAAGCAAGUUUUGUACCUCAAACACUUAAGAAGAAGGAUGUGGUGGAGGUACUGUCCCGUAAAAAGGCGUACAACACAUCUAUUCUCAUCGCCCACUUGAAACUCUCAGCACUGGAGCUCCGCCAGAUCCUUAUGACAACGGAGAAUGAUCGGUUGGAGCCCUCACACAUUAAACAGUUGCUCCUCUAUGCCCCUGAUGAGGAAGAGCUGAGGAACUUCAAGCGACAUUCAGAUAACCCUAGUAAACUAAGUGAGCCAGACAAAUUUGCCAUGCAGAUGCUGUCUGUGAAAGAGUAUAAAAUCAGGUUGAGGAGCUUGCAUUUCAAAAUCACACUGCAAGAGAAGACUGAGGAGAUUAAAGCUGGAUUGCAGUGUAUCUACAAGGCCUCUGUUGAAUUGAAAAGUGGCAAAAAGCUGGCAAAGAUUCUGGAGUUUGUUCUUGCAAUGGGAAAUUACCUCAAUAAUGGACCGCCUAAGAGUCCCAAAACCACAGGAUUUAAAAUUAAUUUCCUGACAGAGCUCGACACAACGAAAACUGUAGAUGGGAAAUCUACGUUCUUGCACAUUCUUGCCAAAUCACUAGGCCAGCACUUUCCUGAGCUGCUGGAUUUUGCCAAGGAGAUUCCUGCGGUGGCAUUUGCUGCAAAAGUUAAUCAGAGAACAAUAACUGCUGAAAUUAUUGACAUCCACUCAACCAGGAAGGAAAUAGAGACAGCCUGUGAGAACAUAACUGUGACUGAUGAAGACAGAUUUGCUGCAGUCAUGACUUCAUUCCUGGGUGAUGCCCAACCCCUCAUUGCCUCCCUCGACUCCUUGCAGAAUCGAGCCAUCGAGGAGUUCAAUAAUGUCUCAACAUUCUUUGGGGAAGAUUCAAAGGCGACCACAACAGAAGCUUUCUUUGGUAUAUUUGCAGAAUUUAUCACAAAGUUUGAGAGGGCAUAUAAUGAGACUCGGGCCUCUGUGAACCUGCAGAACAUGAAGGUGGUUUCCCCACUUGCCUGGUGACCUGAAUGAUGCUUCUCCAUUUCCAGCACAGUUUUGUUCCAAAAAGUGCAAUGUUACUUGAUAGAGUAAUAUGAUGGACAAUCCCAGCAAUGGAAUCUCCCUGUGUAAUGACAGUGCUUGUUUAAGGAAUGUCCAAUUGGAAGCAGCAUCACCAACAUCAACCAGAUAACAGCAUACCAUCAGAGCUUGAUGAAAUCAACACAUGAUGGCUGCCUGUCACAUGGCUGUCCCCAACUCGCAGAGUGCAAAUAUGUUUGGCACUUAAGUAAAAGCAGAAACUAAAAUCAACUGCUGAACUUGUAGCCAAGACUGUUUCCUUCUGGAGAAUGUUAAUUAUCAGUUCCCCUUCCUUUGAUGAACCUGAUUCCGCUGCUGAGGAGCAGUGCAAGUGCUGUCUUUUCCUUCCCUGCUCUCCUACUUUGUGCUCCCUUCACUCUUCAAAUGUCCUAAAACUGAAAACUUUAUCCAGUGCCUCACAUUGUUCACUGCUUUCGUUGUUAGUAACUCUUACAUUCCCACAUCUUAAACAACUAAUGGAACAGAAACUACAGAAUCAACACCAGAGCAUCAGAAUCUCAGUGAAGUUCAGGACAAGCUGGUCCAGGUUAUAAUAAUGGCAUAGUUGAACCUGGAGCAGGUAGGCAAAAGUCAAUAAGUUCACUUGACCAGUGGAUAAGGAAAGUAGUUAAGGAUAAGGUGUGUGCAGACAGGAACCGAGUCAUUGCUUACCUCCAUCGGCCUGAGUCUUUGAGUAUAAGAGAUGAGAUGUCAUGUUACAGCUGCAUGCCACCAUGCUAAUAGCUGUAUGGUUGACGAUUGAAUUCUGCUUUUAACUCUGAAGUACUUGUGCUUUUAUUCUGGGCAUGUGCCCAGGUGCCUGUUGGACCUGCCCUCCGCCCUAUAUUGGAUUAGUUGGUCAGAUGUUCACAGAGCUGAAGGAUAUGUUUGCAGCCCCUGGGCAGAGGAUGGAAAUAUUCAGUUAUAGGUCCUGCUGUCAGUCAGUAACGUCACCUGUAAGAAAGUCCAGAUUUUGUGUGAGAAGCUCAUGUUCCCUCUGAUCAAACAGCCUGUCACCAUAAUGCUUCCACAAUGGAAUGAAGGGAAACUGGGGAGUGAACCUGGAACUACACUUAAAACUGGACACCCUGGGUGAUUGGGGAGCCCAUCAGUUACUGACAGCCAGAGCUGUGAUCACUGGGCCUGCUUUUCCUGACACACAUGAGGCAGUAUGGCACCAAGCACUACUAGAAUUUAUUCCCACAUAUUCGUAUUUUAAAAAGAGAAAAUUCUCCUUAUUACUACAUCUUUGCUGAGUGAGGAAUUAGGACAUACAGCAUAGAAAUAGGCCAUUCAGCCAAACAUUCAAGAUCUGCUUGUGCCUCCUGCCUUACCUCUUCCACCUCCAUCACUUUACCCCUCCAUUCCUUUCUCCAACACAGCUUUCCCAGCCACUUCUUCAAUGUAUCUACACAGUUUGCUUUAACAAUCUAUAUGGGAGUGAGUUUCACUCCUUUGCUUUGGAUAAACGAUUUUCUGAAGUUCUUGGACAACCAAUAUAUUGGCCUCUAAAUCUUCUCUUCCUCACAAGUGCAAACAUUCUCUUUGUCAAUGCUUUCAUCAUUCUCAAGACACCUAUUAGGUUAUCACCAGCUUAAUGUUUCAAGUAAAAUGAAAUCCAAUCUGUUCAUCCGUACCCCAAAUGUAUAAUGCUUGUAAAUCCUUCUGCACACUCUAGUCUCUCUGCAUCAUCAUAUGGUAAAUUGAACUAUAUGUGGUAUAUCUUGGUUUUCUUUAUUUAAUGCUUAGCUAGGCUGUGAUCUGACCUCAAGUGACAGCAUAUCACUUUGUUCUAUGACUGAAGCGAAACUAUUAUCUUUCAAGUUAUAAGGGAUAUUUCAUCCAACCAAAAUGCAUUACCUUACAUUUACCCGUGUCAUACUUCAUUUGCCAAUUACUUGCUCCUUCUGCGAGUCUAUUAAUGUCCUCCUGUAAUUCAGAGCUGUCCUCAGGGUGUUAACUGCCCCUCUAGUUUGCAUUGCUUGUAAAUAGAGAAAUUGUGUUGCUGAUCCUAGGGUAUAAAGUGUUAAUAUAAGUUGUGAAUAGUUGAGGUCCCACUUCCAUGGCCUUCUUCCAUGCCAGAUGGCUACCUUUACACCACUCUCUGCUUUCUGACUUGCAAUGCUUGUCCCCUGACUGCAUUCUCAAGCAAUGCUUGUUCCCUGACUGCAUUCUCUGACCUUAUUCAUUAAUCUGUUCGGAGGUACUGCCAUGAAGGACUUUUCAAACCCAACCUACAUAUAUCUACUGCAGUACUAUUAUCAACACUGUCUGUAUUAAUGUUACGACUAAACAUUUUUAUUAUUACUUGUAGAAUCUCUAGUCAUUCGGUUCAUUAAAGUUGAGUCACAAUGAAUUCAACUCCCUCUCAUUCUAUUCUUUUCUCAUAUUUGAACAUGAUGAACAUCCACAUAUAACCUUGGAGCAGGAACAAGAAUGAAUGAAGUGGAAAGAGGGUACUGAAAAUUAGCUGUUAUGCAAGUGUUUAGCCCUGUUGUAUUUUUUACUUGGUAAUACAGAGCUCUCUCAAGGUGCUCUGUUUAGGAUUUGCUAAGUAUCUGCAAAGAUUCCAGAAGAAGUAGAAAGUAGAAGUAGAAAGAUAAAACUUUAUUUGAAAGGUUGAAUUGUUCCCUGUUAGCUUUGUGGCUGAAAAUAUUAUUUAUUUAAAUAAUGUAACAUUUAUAAAAUGGAAAAGUACCAAUCUUAUUUAUUUACUUCUCUUAAUAUACUGGAGCUCCCUUGUUUGUCCAGCACAUAGUGCCUUACUGAUUGGAUCAAUGUGCUAAAUGGCUGUGGAUCUGGAGGAGACCAAACAUCUCAGCAUAUAUUCAGCUCUUUGGAUAUGGUCCCUCAGAUUAUGGCACACAACCUUUCAUUGAACCAACAUCUUAUUUCAACUCAACCCACUUUUCCAUACACAUCAUCUUGUCUAUUCGUGAGUGAUUCUUUAUUCAGAUCUGUUGUGAAACAGGCAUCGAGAUCCCUCAUCUGAAUUGUACUGAGGAUGAUCUCUGCCUAACACUGAAUCUAACAGCGUCAACAUAGAAAAACAACACAGAAAAACAUGAUGCCAAAUUAAACUAGUCUCCUGUCAGCACAUGUUCCAAAUCCCUUGCUUCUCUGCAAAUCUAUGUGCCUAUCUAAAACCUUCUUAAACAGCAUAUCUGCC